AUGGCCGACAAAAAAUCCAACAAACGCAUCAAAUCCCUCUCCAUCCACCGCCCCUUCAUCUACGGCACCACCGCCCGCCCCUUCGACCCCCUCCGCAACCCCAAACCCCCCGGGAUCCCCGACGACCACACCCACUCCUGGGAAGUCUUCGUCAAGGGCGUAGACGACACCGACAUCACCUACUGGCUCCGGCGCGUGCAGUUCAAACUCCACGAAUCGAUCCCCAACCACGUCCGCAUCGUCGACGCCGUCCCGGGAAAACCCUUCUCCCUCAAAGAGACGGGCUGGGGCGAGUUCGAAAUCACAAUAAGGCUGUAUUACGUCUCGGAAUCAAACGAAAAACCCCAGACUCUAUACCACCACCUCCGUCUCCAUCCCUACGGCAGGACAGAGGAGGAAAAGGAGGAGAUGAAAAACGGGCCUGAUGGGGGUGUGGUCAAGAGUUGGAAUUACGACGAGCAGAUUUUCAACGAGCCUUAUGAGAGCUUCUAUGAGAUUUUGACGUCUGGGGCUAUGCCGGCUUCUUCUAUGAAGGGGGGGAAGGGGGGGGGGAAGCAAAAGGGGGAGAAGGAGGUCAAGAUGGAAAGGUCGGAAGGGGGGGUGUUGGCUAGGAGUGCGAUGAUUCCUCUCACGAAUAGGGGGCCGGAAUACCCUUUUAGUAGGGAGACGGAGCAGUGCGAGAUUGAGAAGCUGAAAAAGGCGCUGGUCAAGGUGGAGGAGAUGACGAGGAGGACGAAGGAGGAGAUGGAGAAGAAGGAGAAGAGGUUGAAGGAGCUAAAGGCAGAGGGAGCAAAGGCGUGA